UGCUCCGUUACUUCCUGCGGCAACGCUCUCGCUCUCUUUCUCUCGCUGCCGCCUGCAGUCAGUCAGUCUCACCACAGAACGCGCCGCGCGCAGAUUGCUAUCACUAUACAUAUAUAUGCCAGUCAACAACACUUCAGCCGCUCCUUUCCUUUCACUCCGACGCGAAGACUUCGGUUUAGUUUAACCACGUCGCUUAUCGUGCCUCCUGCUGCGUUUUCUUCAGCCUAAUUAAGAGCUUUUCCCGGGCUUCAUAAGCUGCUUUGGGUAAGAAAAGCGUGUUUGUUGUGCGUGUAAAGGCAGCUCAGUUUCUCAGCAAUGGCGACAGCUGCGGUAUCUGCCCCUGCUGGCGGCGGCCCGAACCCCGGAUCCGGUGCCGAGAUGGUCCGCGGUCAGGCUUUCGACGUCGGCCCGCGCUACACCAACCUCUCGUACAUCGGAGAAGGCGCAUACGGCAUGGUUUGCUCGGCGUAUGAUCGUGAUAAUAAAGUGCGUGUGGCAAUAAAGAAAAUCAGUCCGUUUGAGCACCAGACGUACUGUCAGCGCACACUCCGUGAGAUUAAAAUCCUGCUCCGCUUCAAGCACGAGAACAUCAUCGGCAUCAACGACAUCAUCCGCACCCCAACCAUCGACCAGAUGAAAGACGUUUACAUUGUACAGGAUCUGAUGGAGACAGACUUGUACAAGCUGUUGAAGACGCAGCACUUGAGCAAUGACCACAUCUGUUACUUCCUGUACCAGAUCUUACGUGGCCUAAAGUACAUCCACUCAGCAAACGUUCUCCACAGAGACCUGAAGCCAUCUAACCUGUUGCUCAACACUACUUGCGACCUCAAGAUCUGUGAUUUUGGGCUCGCCCGGGUGGCCGAUCCAGACCAUGACCACACUGGCUUCCUGACGGAGUAUGUAGCCACGCGUUGGUACCGUGCACCAGAGAUUAUGCUCAAUUCCAAGGGUUACACUAAGUCCAUUGAUAUAUGGUCGGUUGGUUGCAUUCUGGCUGAGAUGCUUUCGAACAGACCCAUCUUCCCCGGGAAACACUAUCUGGACCAGCUUAACCACAUCUUAGGUAUUUUGGGCUCCCCCUCUCAGGAGGAUCUCAACUGCAUUAUCAACAUUAAGGCAAGAAAUUACCUGCUGUCACUUCCUCUGCGCUGCAAAGUGCCCUGGAACCGCCUGUUUCCUAAUGCAGACCCUAAAGCAUUGGACCUGUUGGAUAAGAUGUUGACCUUUAACCCUUAUAAGAGGAUUGAGGUGGAGGAGGCGCUGGCUCACCCAUAUCUGGAACAGUACUAUGACCCCACAGAUGAGCCUGUUGCAGAGGCUCCAUUUAAGCUACAGACCAUAGCCUGUCGCUCAGGCGUUGGUCUGGAUUUAAUCAUGCUGAUGCUUCUGUCUCCACUCCACUGUGCGCUGUGGUCCUCUUUUGGUCUUCAUCGCCAUAGUCAUCAUCAUUGUAUCUCCUCCUCUUCCCAAAUCCCAAAACUACAGGCAGCCCUCAAAGUUCUUCUGACCCCAGCUGAAAACAUGGACUCCUGCUGGCUCCUGCUCUCUUCACCUGCUUCACUCUUACGGUCUUAUUACAGUGGAAGUGCUUCUCUCGCUCACACUCUCUCUUCCUGCCCAUCUGUGUGAAAGUUAGCCCGCGUGUGUUUGUGUACAACAUCUCAUCAAGGUUUUUGAUUCAGAUUAAACCUCUCGCAGUCCUCUGAUACACUUCAGUAAAAAAAUGUCUAUGAUUGUGUUAUUGUUGUGCUUCUUUCUAGCCUCCUGUUAAUAUUUCCAACAAGCUGCUUUUCUAAAGUGUCUGUAAGCCAUUUUGGAGUCCCACAGAGGUCAAACAGGGAGAGAAUGAGGGCUCUGAUCUCCUCUAUUCUUAAAUAUAUAUGCAGUGGACAUGCAUUUAUCCACAUUGUGCAUCGCCAAUUUCCUCAAAGUGCACAAAGCUCGAAAUUUGCCACGGUGCCAUUUUAAGGCUUUAAUGUAUUUUCAUAAAAGCAAAUAUGUAUUUACUAAUGACCCCUUAAAAUUUAUUAAAACUUGUUGUUGAUUAUCAGAUUGUUUUAUAACCCCCAUAUAAGUGACUUGACUUAUAUAUAUACAUAUGUGUGUGAUUUAAAAACCUGUAAUUAUUUAUAUACAUUAAAACCUGUAGGUAGUUAUAAUAUAUAAUUACAAGUUUUUAAUCAACUUAAUAUAUAAAUUGUUAUUUGUACAUUGAUUCUCAAUCAUAAACACUAAAUCACUUCAAGAAACUUUAGAAAAGACAAAUCUGUUAAAUGUGCACCAAAGAAAAGACCCCUUUGAAGAUGUUCUGCCACCUUGGAAAAUGUGUACUUGUGUCCAAAAUUUGGCUUAAGCCCUCACAUUACUGUAUCUGCCAAAAAAAUGUAUACAAAAAUCCCAAAAUCCAGGUGUUUUUUAAUCUAAAGAUGCACGUAGUUCCAUUUAGAAACUAGACUUUAUCAUUUAGAUGGGUUUAGAGGAACUUCUGUCAUGGGAUGAAGAACAAUCCUGCGUUUUUCAGUCGUAACUGGUAAAUUUCAGAUCAGUGUCUAUUAUAAUUGCACAGUGCCUGUCAUCUGUAUUCAUUCUUUCCUUUUUGUAUAUUUCUUUGAAUUAUAUUUGCUUUCCGUGCACCCCCAGCCGCCUUGUAUCAAUAAGACUGUGCCCUUGCAUGACUGUUAAGAAGCUUUCAAUACAAAGAAAAUGGAAGUGCCACAUUGCUGGGGAUUCCGCUAUUGGACUCUCAGGUUUUUGUUAUAUCCUACCUUUUGAGGUCUCAUAUUUCCUAUAUAGAGUAUUAUCAGUUCAAAAAGAAAAGAAGCUCUUUUUUUUUCUUGUACAUUUCAGUUGCACUUCUUUCAAAAUCCAGGUUUCUUUCAGUGUUUGAAGAAACAAAUAAUCAAGAUUAGCUUUUUAGAUGACCUAGCUCAACCAGAACGUCAGGGUUAAUUCCACGUGGAAAUUAGGAGCCUAUAACCAUGGAAAUGCACCUUUUAUUAAUCCAUUUCAAUCAUAAGAUACUGUCUGCUGGUGAGUGAAUAAUGUGGUGCGUCUGUACCCAGGCGAAAUGAAAGUCUACCUGGAACUAUAUGUGCUAUAAUGCAUACUUUUGUGCAAUUCGUGUGCGAGACCGCACUUUGCGAAAAUGGACGUCUAAGACAUUAAGUUAUUGAUACUGAUAUGCGCAUAUGUGCAUGGCUUCAUUAAGUGUUUCUUUCCCACACUGGCUUCCUCUUUGGUUUACUUACCCUACAUUUCUUUUGCCUAUAUGUAUCUGGCAAGACACCUCCUAGUGGUGGUAUCAGAUGUUGGUUGAUCAAGGAGAGAAUUGGCAAUUCUCUUAAAUAAAUAAUGAAUUUUUUUUUUUUUUUUGUGAAACUGUAAGAUAGCUUCUGCCGAAUCCGUGUGCAGCCUGUCUGUUUC